CCCCGGGGCCCACCAUGUAUACUUCCGAAGCGAUGGGACCUGAAGAGAGCGCCUCGGGGCGCCCCGGGCGCAGCGCCCCCGCAAAGAAUCAACCCAAACGCUCAACGCCAUCCGUACGCUCGGUGCACCCAGCACCCAAAGCGAAACCCGCAGUCCCCAAGAAGGCCCCCGACCAGAAGCCAAGCGAACAGCCGGCCCCCAGCGAGUGGGAGAAGGCGGCGAUCCAAAAGCGCGCGGAGGGCCGGACCAAGGUCCCACCCAGGUUCAGGGACAGCAUCAAGCGUUUUUUCUUCUCACCCACCGGAGCGUUGAAGAUCGUGCGGCUGGAUCUUAUCAACAGUUUCAUUACAACUGUGUUCCUUUUAGCAGUCGCCAUCUUGACAAUGCAAGAAAAGGAAAGGAGGUAUCUAUUCUAUGUCGGAGGGUCCCUGUGUCUCUCGGCGGCAAUCGUGUGCCUCGUGGACGCGACCCUGGUCACCAAGAUGGUGAGGCAGGCCAUGAAAAAGGCCCUGGGCUUGGAAGGCCAAACCACACCCUCUCCCGCGGAGACGGAGACGGCGGAGAAGGCGGCGACGGCGACAGCGACGGCAACAGCGACAGCGACAGUGACAGCGACAGGGACGGCGGCGGCCGGGGAAGAACCCACCCAGCAGCCCACCCCCCAACCUGACAAGACGCUCAGCCCUGCAGCCUCCACCGUGGGGCCCUCGCCGGCCAAAGAGGUAAAAAAGUAA